AUGUGACCGCAAGUGGUUCCUGCUACACGGCGAUGAUUAGUAAUCAGCCAGGACUGCUGUAUCAUGUCAAACCGUGCGCAUUAAUUUAUUUAUUAAUGUAAAACAUGGGUCAUUUACGUAUUUGUGUUUCGGCAUUCCUUCGUCAAAUCUGUACUACUGUAAUAUUUGCGUUCAUACUGCUUCAGUAUUUCCCUUCAUCAGCGGGCUCGGUUGACAAUCCAUGGUACCAGGAUCUGUGCAGUUACAAAUGGGAGGCCAUUGACCAGGACAGCAAUGUGAGAUACACACUGAAGCUUUGUGAAUCCUCACCAAACACGGGUUGUGGAAAAGACAGUGCUGUUUGUGCUCAAAACCUUCAAAAUGGACAGAACCAGUCAGUAGGUGAGCUCUCUUUACAAAAGGUCUCGCCCACUGUGCUGGAUUUCAACAGCUCGAAGAAAUGCGACGGCACAAGCAAUCCCAUUCAAAGCAGCAUCACCUUUCAAUGCGGCAAAACCAUGGGUACACCGGAGUUUGUCACCGUUUCCGAGUGUGUGCAUUACUUUGAAUGGAGGACGUAUGUCGCCUGCAAAAAAGAUACAUUCAAACCACAAAAAGAGGUCCCCUGCUAUGUAUUUGACUCAGAUGGGAAGAAACAUGACCUCAACCCUCUAAUUAAAAUAAAGGACGGUUACCUGGUUGAUGACUCGGACAAUGACAUCGAUUUUUACAUUAACAUAUGCAGAAGUCUAGACCGAGAUGAAAGUUCCUGUCCUCAAGGUUCUGCUGCUUGUCUCAAAACCAGCAGUGGGUCCUUUGACAUGGGUCACCCGGCCCAACAGCUUGAGCUCAUCUCUAAUGACAAGCUGAGGCUGCGGUACGAGGUAGUAAACCAAGAAAUCCCAAAGUUCUGUGAUGGCCACAGUCCGGCAGUGACUAUAACAUUCAUUUGUCCCUCAACGAGACAAGCGGGAAAUAACCCUAAAAUGAUAAGCAACACAAAUUGUCGGUAUGAGAUCGAGUGGGUGACCGAGUACGCCUGCCACAGAGAUUAUCUGGAGAGUCACGACUGUAAACUUACCAGCGAUCAGCACGAUAUCGCAAUCGACCUCACUCACCUGACACACGGCUUAUCAGAUAAGGCCUAUUCAGCCAAGGCCCAAAGUGGCAAGGACACGUACACCUUCUAUCUCAAUGUGUGCCAAGCGAUCAGCGCUGAUCAAUGUGAUGAUGGGAAGGGUUACGUAUCCGCCUGCCAGGUGAAAGAAUCUGGUGACAUGAAGAAGAUUGCUGGGAGAUAUCAGAACCAAACACUGAGGUAUUCUGAUGGAGAUCUCACGCUCAUCUAUCCAGACGGCAGCAGGUGCACCAGUGGAUUUCAGCGCAUGACCAUCAUUAACUUUGAGUGCAACGCAACCGCUGGAAAUGGCGAGCCGGUUUUCACAGGAGAAUCUGACUGCACAUAUUACUUUGACUGGGAGACCGCGUACGCAUGUGUAAAGGAGAAGGAGGACCUGCUGUGUGAAGUCAAAGACAAGAAGAAGCGCUACAAUCUUUCACCUCUAUCACGCUUUCCAGAAUCAAGUGGAUCUCAGAAUUGGGAGGCUGUGGAUGCCGUUGCCAGAGAUUCUGAUAAGAAGAGAUUUUACGUCAACGUUUGCCAUAAAAUUAUAAAGGACAACGCGACAAACUCUUGCCCUGAGGAUGCAGCAAUAUGUGCAGUAGGUCAAGGAAAAAGUAUGAGUUUGGGAAGAUUUCUCAUUUCUCCGCAAAAAGCGCCUGAAGGGGACGAUAUCCGCCUCAUAUACACCGACGGAGACGAAUGCAGGAAAAACAAGAAGUUUAAUGCCAUUAUCACUCUGAAGUGUAAGCCAGGAGAUGUUGAGAGCGCUCCUGUCAUGAGGGGCGUGUCUGGUGACGGCUGCACUUAUGAGUUUGAGUGGUUCACCGCCUCGGCCUGUGUCCUGUCUAAAACGGAGGGCGAUGACUGCCGGGUGGAAGACCCGCAAGCAGGAAUUUCGUUUGAUUUGUCACCCCUGCGGAAACCUAGCGAAAGCUAUUACAACGUUUCCAGUGACAAGUAUACAUACUUGAUUAAUGUAUGUGGCGGUGUGAAGGCUGCAAAGUGUCCUGAAACUGCAGGUGCCUGUCAAGUGGACCAGAGUGGGGUGAGCUCCUGGAAUCUCGGCGAGUUUAACUCCAAACUGUCUUACUAUGACGGACUGAUCAAGUUGACUUACAGAAAUGGCUCGCAGUACAACAACGAGCAACACACGCAGCGUUCCACACACAUCUCUUUCCUGUGUGACAGAUUGGCCGGCCCGGGCAAACCCGAGUUUCAGGUUGAAGACGAGUACACGUACAAUUUCAAGUGGUAUACAUCUUAUGCCUGUCCAGAAAGACCGCACGAGUGUGUUGUGACGGAUCCCAUAACACUACAGCAGUAUGACCUGUCCAGAUUGUCUGUAUCUAAUGGUGGCAGAAACUGGCAGGUCAUGGAGACGUCUGACCCCGGCGGGCCGAAAUACUACAUCAAUGUCUGCCGGCCCGUCAAAACCGUGCCUGGCUGCGACAGGAGAGCUUCUGUCUGCGAAAUGAAACUUGAAGCUGACACGGAGAAAGUGGAGGUCAGUAAUUGGGGGGUCGCAAAUCAAGGCCCGGUGAUUGUAGAGGAGAACCAGCUAAUGUUGACCUACACGAACGGCUCGGCUUGUGUGGCGGAGGACGGUGUGAUCACCACACACACAACCCGCAUACACUUCGUCUGCUCAAAAGGGAUGGCGCGAACCGGUCCACGAUUUGUGGUGAAACAGAAAUGCGUUGUUGAUUUUGUUUGGGAGACAGAAGCAGCCUGUGCCAUCUCAACUGUUGUGGACACAAACCAGACAUGCUCAGUAAAAAAUCCCAACACUGGUUUUGAAUUCAACCUUCAGCCUCUGGCUACCAAGGAAGGAUACAAUGCCACAGGUCAUGGAAAAGACUUUGUAGUGAACAUCUGUGAUUCUGUGGAUAAGUGUGGAACACUUAAUGAUAAACCUGUGGCCGGCUGUGAGAUAGAUGAAGGGAAACCUGUGAGUCAGGUUGGAGGUCAACGUUCUCUUCAAUUCUCCACCGAUGGCUCGCUCACUCUCACUUACAAAGGGUCCUUGGACACAUCAACAGGAACAAAUGACACCUUCAUCAUUAGUUUUGUGUGUAAUCAAGAUGCUGCCACAGCAUCUCUGCGGCUUCUUCACGAGGAGCUGGGCACAAGUUCACACGUAACGCACAAUGUCUUUUUUGAGAUGUUCACUGCUUUGGCAUGUGAGCCUGCACCUGUGGAUUGCCAAGUUACUGAUUCACACGGAAAAGAAUAUGACUUGGGUGACCUCAGUCUAGAUGACAAGUUUUAUGUUCCUCUGGACACCUCAGAUCAAGCCAGGUCUCAGAAGUUUUACAUCAACGUGUGCAAACCACUGCCUCGCAUUCCGGGCUGUGCUGCUGGUGCGAUCGGAGCAUGUGGUCAGAUAAAUGGCAUCGGACGUAAUCUGGGAUAUGUGCAGUCGAGUCUGCAGUUGGCUGCAGACGGCUCCAUCAGCAUUGUUUACCAAAAUGGUGACAAGUGCGGUUCAGCACGUUACUCCACCCGAAUCAUCUUCCAGUGUGACGACAGUCCUGGUGCACCAGUGUUUGAUCGCAAAGACGGCUGUGAAUACGUCUUCAUGUGGCGAACCUCAGAGGCUUGUCCAAUCAAAAGAGUACAUGGUGAAAACUGUAAAGUCACGGAUCCAAAGAGCGGAUACGAGUACAAUUUGAUGCCAUUGGCUGGAAAAGACUAUGAAGUGAAGGGUUCUAAUUAUGAGUAUCACUUCGCGAUGUGCGGCCCACUUAAAACCUCAGUCUGCCCACACGGUCCCGACUCUGUGUCCUCCUGUCAGGUAGAGGGCGAUAAACAUAGGAUUGCUGGGAUAGCCAAUCAAAACCUCACGUUUGAUGAUGGGAUCAUCAUGAUCAACUACACACAGGGAGAAACCUGUCACACUAUCUAUGAGCGAUCCACUGCUAUCAUCUUCUCUUGUGAUCACAGCAAGAAUCCUGGGAAGCCAGAAUUUAUUCGGGAGACUGCCGAUUGCACGUAUCUGUUUGACUGGCAAACAGCUUUGGCCUGCCCUUCGUUCAAAACCACAACCUGCUCUUACAAUGAUGGAAAUGGCCACUCCUAUGAUCUAUCCUCACUGGCCCUACACAAAUCGAAUUGGAUGGUCGUGCCAGAAGGGACCAAUCAGGCGCAACGUUAUUAUAUCAACGUCUGCAAGUCUCUGGUGCCUCAGCCUGGUUUGUGGAGCUGCCCAUCUAGCGCAGCUGCCUGUCUGAAGGAUGGAGACAAGUAUGUGAGUCUGGGGGAGGCAGAUAUGGGUCCAGAGUUGGAUAAUAACAUUCUGGUCCUAAAGUACACAAACGGAGAAGCGUGCGCAGAUGGCAAAAGAAAGAGAACCACCAUCAUCCGAUUCAGCUGCUCUCCCGACAAAGUGGACUCGGAGCCCAGUUUUAUCACAGCUCUUGAGGACUGCGUGUAUACCUUUGUGUGGUACACGGCUGCAGCGUGUCCUCUCAACAGCACUGAACACGGCGACUGUAAAGUCACAAAUCCUGCGACAGGUCAUCUCUUUGAUCUGAUUGCCCUCAAUCGGGCAGGAGGAUAUACGGUCUAUGAUCCUUUGGUCCCUAGAAAGAUGUUCAGAUUGAACGUUUGUGGCGAUGUACUCAAUGCCGGAUGCGCCCAAGGAACAGGUGUGUGCAUCAAGCAAACCACGAUGGCUGUAAGUGCUGGAAAAUCCUCUAAGAAGCUGGUGUAUAAGGACCAGGUGGUGGAGCUCACCUACGAUAGUGGAGACGCCUGUGCUGCCAACCCUUCCCUCAAACACAAGAGCAUCUUUACCUUUGUCUGCAAGUCUGAGGGAGCAGGAACAGAUGAGCCUGUGUUGGUGUACUCGGAUGAAGCAACUUGCACUCAUUUCUUUUCCUGGCAAACCCCACUGGUCUGUGAACAACAGGUGAAAUGCUCUGUUUGGAACGGCACCAACCAGAUUGACCUGAGUCCUCUGAUGCAUCUCAAUGGUUACUAUACAGCAAUAGAUGAUGAUGUGGAAACAGGAAAAUCUCCUGACUUCUACAUUAACAUCUGCCAGCCCCUUAACCCCAUCCCGGGGGUCAACUGUCCUCCAGGGUCCGCCGUGUGUAUGGACCCUGUUGAUGGGGAUCCAGUUGAUAUCGGGCGAAUUACUUCCCCUCCUCAGUAUAACAAGCAGACUGAAGAGGUGAUCAUCACCUUCAACAGCACAACCGUCUGCCCUACCAACCCAACCUUAACCUACUCCUCCAGGGUCAUUUUUACCUGUCAGAAAGGUGCUGAGCUGGGCUCUCCUCAUAUGAUUCGGGCACAGGACUGCAUGCAUGUUUUCGAGUGGGCUACUCCUGUGGUUUGUCCCGAAACCACUGCAUUAAAGGGCUGCAAACUGACUGUUUCCGAGCUACAGUACACCUUUGAUCUCUCUGCGCUGUCGGGGAUCGUUAAGGUUCCUCAAAGUUCGUAUAAAAUCAACGUGUGUGGAGCUGUGACAGACUCGGCGUGUAAGGACAGCGCAGUGUGUCUGAACUCCGCCGGCUCAACGGCUUCAUUCGGGAACAGCAAAUUAAUGCACCUGAGCUAUAAGAGAGAAGAGCAGGCUGUGAUCAUGCAGUACAGCGCAGGAGACCCCUGUCCUCAAUUGACUGAAAAAGAGGAAGUGUGCGCUUUCCCCUUUAAUUUCAUGAAAAAGUCUUACAGUGAGUGCACUACUGAGGGCAGAACUGAUGGAAAGAAGUGGUGCGCCACAACAAAUGACUACGACAAAGAUAAGAAAUGGGGAUUCUGCUCUGAUGCACUUGGAGGGAAGAGGCAGUCGUCCAUUUUAUUCUUUUGUGACCGAGCGGUGGGCCAUGGAAAACCUCAGCUGAUGAGUGAAACCCAAGGUUGUUCGGUCACCUUCCAAUGGAGGACGGAUGUGGUGUGCCCACCAAAGAAGGUGGAGUGCAAGCUGGCUGGCAAACACCAGACGUAUGACCUGCGGAUGCUUUCCUCUCUCACCGAGCCGUGGAAAUUUAGUCAUAGUGAUGAUUCGUGGUAUUUUAAUCUUUGCCAGUCCAUCCACGGUGGGCUAACAGGUUGUCCAGAAGAUGCUGCUGUGUGUCGCAAGCGUAGCAAUGGGAAAACGGAGACCCUGGGUCGUGUCUACACACAGACGAUGGAGGCUAUUAAUGAUGGAAGGAUCCUUGUGAGUUACUCCAUGGGGAACAAUGUUUGUGGAAAUCAACGACCAGCCAAAACUGUCAUCCAGCUGAAGUGUGGGAGCACAGUGGGUCGUCCGAAAUUUCUGAGGGAGGAUAAUGCCGCUUGUGAGUUUUGGGUGGAGUGGGAGACUCGCUUUGCUUGUGCUGUAAAGAAGGAGCAGGUGGAGAUGGUCAAUGGAACCAUCAAAGUACCCGAGACAGGAGCCACAUUCAGCUUGGGAAAUCUGUAUUAUCGUUUCCACAAUGCCACAGGAGACAUUCGUACCAAUGGAGACCGUUAUAUCUACCACAUCCAGCUGUCAGGGAUCACAGACAGCUCCAUUUCAAAGUGCAUUGGCACCAAUAUCUGUCAGGUCAAGAUUGAUGACAGUUAUAGACGAAAAAUUGGCUCCUCUAGCAAAGCCAAGUAUGUUGUCACAGGUGGAAACAUUGAGGUCGAGGUACAAUCUGAAUCUAAAUGUGGCCGUGACCAAAACAAGACCGUGCUUUCGAUCAUCCAGUUCCACUGUAGCCCUACAUCAGGAGAGGGUAUCCCAGAAUUCCAGGCGGAGACUGAUGGUUGCCAAUAUCUGUUUGUUUGGCACACUUCCAGAGUUUGUGAGUUUUUUUCACCCAUAGACCAGAGCAUUAAUGAUGGAGGGGAGGAGACUGGAAGUUUGUCUGGGAGGAGUCAGGCUUUGGGGGCGGUGCUUAGCCUCUUAAUGGUUGUGCUCACGGUCUGUUUGCUUGUCCUGCUACUGCACAAACGAGACAGGAGGCAAUUAGUUAUGCAGAAAGUGUCAAGAUGCUGCAAGAAAGGAAAUACAGUAUCUUACAAAUAUUCCAGGAUAAAUACAGAUGAGGACGGAUGUGAAGAUGAAAUGGAGUGGCUAAUGGAAGAGACGGAGACACCCUCCCGUGAGCCGCAACAGAACGGCCACAUCACCACCAAACCUGUCAGUGCCGAUGCUCUGCGAUCCUUCUCCCUGGACGAGCAGGACAGCGAAGACGAAGUGCUUUCGGUCCCGGGGGUCCGAAUGGCCCAGAAAUCAGUAUCAUCGUCUUCGAAGCAGCGGCUGGCUUUGAUGAAAGCAGAGAGCGAUGAAGACCUGGUUGGGCUUUUGGACGACACGAGGAGCAAGAACAUGGUCAGACACAAACCACAGCCAGACCCGGACGACAGCGAUGAUGAUCUUAUCAAAAUCUGAGGGCGCCGGGCAGCCCGACUGAACUUUUGAAAGUCUGUCAAUUGUUUCGUUGAUCCGUAGCUGUUUUUCAAAGGGAAAUCUAUUUAUCGUUCAGUCAAGAUUCAUUUACUAAAUAUUCAAUGCCUUCCUGACGAAACCUCGCUUUUGUCUUUUUGUUUAUUUGUGUUGGUUUUCUAUCGGUUUAAAUGAAUGAUGUACAGAAGAUAAAUUAUUAAAUGUGAAUUUAUUUGGUCGCCCGCAAACUUUCAGAAAUGGACUAUAUUGAUUUUUUUUAUUGUUAUUUAAAGUUUUGGGGUAAUGUUGUUUUUUCAGCUCACUGGAUAAUGCACUGUUCGAUAAAUAAUGAUGAUUGUGGCAGGUACCUUUAUAAAUUACAAUCAGAAGCAGUAUUUCACAUAUCUUGAGCUUUGUAGCACUAAGAGGACUUUGACGGGCUUGGCUAAGUUCAUAUUUAACGAAUUGUCACACGUUCUACGAUUGCGUUUUGCAUUGAUUUCACCUUCACGCUGACCCGGGUGUAAUGUUAGAACAUCCAUCUGUCUUUUUAAAUGGGCGUUUUAUACAAUGCUAUAACCGCCACUGCCAAUAAAGCAUGACAGCGUGAAAGCUGUGUAGGUUCGACGACUGCAGGGUUCUUUUAUAGUUGUCGUUACUCGUUGCAGGCAGUGUGGUUUUAGUUCGAUUUUUUUGCUUUAUUUUUAAUUAAGUUGUUUUUUUUCUCUGUGAUAAAGAAAUCAGUGCCUGAAAAAAGCCACUUCGAUGCAGGCUAAAUUGAGAAAGCACUUUUAGGUUUGCAUAAAGUGCCAUUUAAUUGCAGCUUUAUGCGAUAUUAUCUGGCUAAACUUUGUUGAUGUUCACAUGAACCUGCUUGUCCCAACUUUUUAAAAAUAUUUGCAGAAAUGUCAUUGAUUAGUUUCAGCUUAGCUUUAAUGUCCUACUGGCGAAAUUAAUUUUAAAAAAUUGACAAAGAUGCAUAAAUACAUUGGACAUCGAAGGGGCUUUCCGAAAAUGAGACUUUCUAGCCGGAAUGUCUAACGUUGCAGUGGAGGUUCAGCGGCACGUAUAUUCACUGCACCUUGACAUGCGUUCCUCAAACUGUUUGUAUUUUUAAUAAUUAAAUGCUUGUAUUUCCAUCCAUCAGUGUAUUCUUUACAUGUAUAGUUGCCAAAUAAACCCACACCAGUUCUGUAUGUCAUAACCCUGCUUCUUCUGAGAAGGUUUUGUUAAGGUACAGCAAGUCUGAAAGUCUGUAAUACUUUUGCACUUUGGACGUAGUUUUUUCAUCCUUUAGGACUGAAGGUGGAUGGUACGCUUGAUGGACUCUUCCCUCCCCUUUGUAAAAAUGUCUACUAAUGCUGUAGGGGUUAUCAUAUGGUACAGUUUUGUAAAACAUUUAAAGAUCAUGGGGUCCAUAACUCGUGCUUUUUCUGAUUUGAGGCUCUGGCUCUUCUCAUUUGUCAUGUUUUACAUCAUUUGGUUUUGCUAUUUAAUAAGUCUGUGCUGAGAUAAUCUGGCAUUUAUUUCAAUAAAAGUGAUCAGCUCCUCAGCAUGAA